AUGUCCAGCUCUUGCAUUUCGCUCGCCGGGUCCAGCGCCUGUCCGGCGUGGAGUGGAUCGUCUGUGUCGACCAAUUCGACAUUACAUGGGAGCUUCCCAUUCCUAAAAGGUGUAUCAAACCUGACCGAGUUCGAUGAUUCUUUGAAGGAUUAUGUCUCUGGGUCUUAUAUCAACAGCAAGUAUGAUGACUUGCUAGGAUGUGAAGGGCUGAACUCGAGUGCAACCGACGACUACUAUGCGCAGUUUACAAUCAGUGUGAUGUGCAGCAGCGUGAUCCAGAGCUCCAUUUCCGACUGCGAUCUUUCGACAGAUGACUCAUUACCAAUUUGCGUGGACACAUGCGCCUUGUGGGCACGAAGUGAGGAGGAAACGAUGGUGAAUACAGACCUGUGCAGCAGUACCAGCAAAGACUACACGAGCCAGAUUUACUCCGACCUGGUCAUUUGCGAAAAGCCGUCGAAAGCGCUGUCGGGCGACUGUAUCGAAGGAGCCGCAAAUGAGCCUGACAACUGUGGCUUUGGGUCGAACACCAUCGGACUUUGCACUUAUUGCGCAAACGACAGCAACACCUGCUGCGAAAAGUCCAAUUCAACAAGCCGCUGUGAGAAUGUGUCGGUUCCAACUUCGACCUUGCCGCCACUCACCCCAUCUUCGUCCGCUUCCUCGACCGCCGCUGCGGCUGCCAGCCAUGGAUUGUCAGGUGGCGCGAUUGCUGGGAUUGUGAUUGGUUCUGUCGCAGGUGCAGCUAUCCUGGCAGCCCUUUUGGCCUUCCUUUGCAUCUUUAUGCGCCGCCGUGGCAGAGAGAAUCAGCCCGAAGGUGCAUUGAACCAACCGAACCCUCAGCGAAAGGGCACCUCUCCAUCAAUGCAACAACCCCCUAGCCCGACGUCGUACAACAUGAUCCCCGGAGGUCGUGUCACGCGAAUGUCUGCUCUGCGCGAGGUUCCCAGCUCAUCGCCAGCUUAUUCGCGAACCUCUGCAGCCAUGUAUGGUGGCGCGGCUAAGUACAGCGAUACCUCUUCCGAGGGCAUGCGUUCCAGUCCAGGGGCUAUGCACAAAAGCAUUCCACCUGUGGCCGGUAAACGUCAUGGUUCCCUUUCGAGUAACUCCAUGCUGGCCGGAAUGGAGAGUGACAGCUCUCCUCGCUCAGGUCCCACAAACCAGUACUCCUCCCCGGAGCAAGUGACGAGCGGCCAAUCCGAGCAGCUCUCGUACUUCCGCGAUUACUACUCCCAGGAUGACAUCCAAGCGGGCGACAAGGUUGCUGUACUCUGGGCAUACUCGCCCAGGGCAGGUGAUGAGUUCGAACUUGACCGCGGAGAGAUGUUGCGAGUCAUCGGUAUUUGGGACGAUGGCUGGGCGACCGGUGUGCGUCUCACCGAGCGUGCCGAGGACUUCGACAUGCACCGUCGCGAACAGCGCGAUAGUGGUGUCUCAAGUGGCUCUCGUCUGCAUGGCGCCUCUUCUCCCAUGCCAUCAGGAGAAAUCAAGGCCUUCCCCUUGGUCUGCAUUUGUCUACCGCAACACUGGCACAAGAUCAUCGACGGUGGCCAGGAAGAAGAAGAAAUCAUCCUAUACACCAGCCGCGUCUGCCCCUGGGCACACCGCGCCCACAUUGCCCUCAAGGAAUCCGGUCUCGACUAUGAAGAGGUCACCAUUGACCUGAACACACCCCGAGAGCCGUGGUACCUCGAAAUCAACCCACGCGGCCUCGUCCCCAGUCUCUCCUACAAUGGCGAAAUAAUCACCGAGUCCGGCAUUGUCGCGCAAUUCAUCGCAGACGCCCACCCAAGCCACCUCGUGCCCGCAUCGGGCCCGGCCGAAAACGCCCUCUACCGCGCCCGCCUCGCCUUCUUCGUCGAUGCCUUCUUCUCAAAGGUCCUGCCCCACUUUUUCAGCAGCAUCAAAUCAGCCUCUGAGAGUGAGCGGGACCAGGCGGCUGAGUUGCUGGCUGCUGCUGUUGUGAAGGAGAUCGAGCCCUUGCUUGCGGAUACGGAGGGCAAGGGUCCUUUCUUUGGUGGUAGUGAGAAACUUACUCUGGCGGAGGUGCAGGCGGGUUCAUUUUUGUUGAGGAUUCUGGGCUUUGCGAAGCCGGAGCAUGGGCUUGUUAGUGCGAAGUUGCCUGGGCUGUUGGCGCAGGCUCCGAGGUUUAAGAGGUGGGCUGAGGCGACGGUUGCUCAUGAUAGUGUUAAUUUCAUUUGGGAGGAGAAGGUUGUUGCUGAUAAGAUGAGGGCUAAGUUUGCUCCUAAGGCUUAG